AUGAGUUCCCUCUCGCCGCCACCGCCGCGAGAGCUGCCCGCCGACGCCAUACGCGAGAUCCUCCUUCGCAUCCCCCCGGACGAGCCGGAAAGCCUCGUCCGCGCCUCUCUCGUCCGCAAGUCCUGGCGCCGUGUCCUCACCGACCCCACCUUCUGCCGCCACUACCGCGACUUCCACCGGACACCACCCAUGCUCGGCUACCUCUGCAACGACAACGACCACUACUUCAACAUCUCCUCCCGCUUCCUUUCCACAGCUGCGUUCUGCCCGCGCCAGCGUCCCGGAGGCGGCUGGAGCGCGAUCAGCGCCCGUCACGGCCGCGCCCUCUUCCAAGAUACCACUACAAGAUCCAAUGACCUCUUCCUCUGGGUAUGGGACCCCGUCACGGACUGGAAGUUCCGCCUACCCGUGUUCCCGCGUCGCCCCGAGGGUUUUAGCGCGGCCGUGCUGUGCGGCAAGGCCGGCUGCGACCACCGCGGCUGCCACGGCGGGGACCCGUUCUUCGUGGCCAUCGUGGGUACCAACGACGACGGGGUGACGAGCGCCCGUGUCUACUCAACGGAGGCUGGUGCCUGGAGCGACAUGACCUCCAUUGAUCACGUGAGUCCCGAAUAUGGGAUGCGAUCCAGCGUCCUCGUCGGGGAUUCGCUCUACUUCCUCUACGAGCCCAGCACCAAAAUUCUGCGCUACGAUCUGGCUGGUAGACAACUAUCGGUCAUCCACCGCCCCAAGGCCUGCGGGAUCAACGGUUGUUACUGUAACAUUGUCCUCAUGGCCACUGAGGACGGCGCGCUGGGAUUCGCAGGCGUGCAUGGCUCCACCUUUUCCAUGUGGUCGAUGAGUACUGAUGCCAAAUAGCACUGGGAGUAACACAACUUGUCCCGCAUGUGCACUUAAGUCACGGAAGUUGCAAAAUGUGUAAAUGAGUCACAUAACUUUACUUCCGUGUGCACGCUAGGUCACAAACCGGUCAGCUGUCUGGUUUUGCUAAAAUACCGCUCAGAAAAUUUGCAGAAACAACCCUUACUAUCUCUAUAUCCUGAAGAAGUCAACCCAGAGUGACCAGCCUGUCCGUGUGGGUCCCACCUGUCAGGCGCGUAGGAAAGAAAUAAAAUCAAAAUAGGUGCAAUAUGGGGAUUUGAACUUGAGACCUGUUGGUCCAGGCUUGCGCACGGAACCAGGACACCACUCAUUCACUUCAGUAAAACAUGUGGAUUACGCCUUAUUAUAAUAUAUAUUCCUGUGCAGAAUUAGUUUAUUUAUAAAAAUUUAAAAUACAAAUUUUAAUUCGGAAAUACAUAUACAUUGUUAUUAUGUACGUGCCAAGAUGCGGUAAAAAAAAUCGUUAUGAUUUGGGCUGUAGAAAAAAAUAUCGGAAAUACAUAUACAUUGAGAACGACAUUUUUUUAGCUUGCUGAAAUUUUUGAAACAUCCACCUUUCAGUAUCAAAAUAAUAUGCUAAAAAAUACUUAGCUAUAUAAAUAUGUCAAAGAUUGGGCGGCAAAAUUUUCUUUUGAAAAUACGUUGUGUUUUUGGAAAUAAAAAAUACAAAUUUCUAACAAAAAUACUCAUAUAUAUACUUUAUGAAUUAUUAUUUUCAACAGCCCAAAUCAUAAAAAAAAAUUACCGCAACUUAUCACGUACAUAAUAACAUUGUAUAUGUAUUUUCGAAAUAAAAAUUGUAUUUUUUAAUUUCAAAUUUUAAAAUAUGCUAAUUCUCCAGAGUAAUAACUAGUAUAAUAAGUUAUAAUCCACCCAAUGUACCCAAGCGAUCAGGUGGUUCGUUGGUUCUAAGCGCCCGCAUCUACCUAGUAGGUCUCAAGGUCGAAUACCCAUCCUGCCCAUUUCCAUUUUAGUUAUUUCGUACACGCCUGACAUGUGGGACCUGCCUGUACAGGCUGGUCACUCUGGAUUGACUUCAUCAGCAAUAUAUAUAGUAAGGGUGUUUCUACAAAUUUUUAGGCGGUAUUUUUUUGAAACCAGACAACAGAUCCAGGGAAUAGAUUUAGUAAGGGUGUUUCUGUAAA